UGGGUCGUGUUUGGUCGUGACUUUAAACACACCCUCUUUCAACUUUCAAACCGUACGCUUCUCUUCCCGUACAGACCGGGCUUCACUGUAACUUUUUUCCACUCCCCAAAGUCCACAGAAAAAGUGGGGGCGACCCUCACACUCCCGCUCCCUCACUCCCUCACUCCCUCACUCGCUUCAUUUCUGGAAUUGGCCUUUUCUCCCCGGACAUCAGCCAUGCCAGGCCGUCUCUUGUCGUUUCUUUCUUUCUCUGCUCUGGUAAGGGGAUAGAUUCUCAGACUUUCCUCUCGUUUCCACAGCCCUACAAUUGCAUCGAUUCUCCCUGAGGGAAAUUUUCAAACAGGCAGGAAUGGCCACCAAAUUACGGAGACAUCGUCCUACUGCCCACCGUCGUUUCCUCUGCUUUUCACUUGUUGUUGUCCUAGGCAUCUGCUGGGCUGUGGCCAUGGAAGGGACUUCUUUAUCUUCUUAUUCUUCUUCUUCUUGGGAUGAUAAAUUAACAUUGCUUGAGCUCAAAUCCUGUGUCACCCAAGACCCACUAGGGUUUCUCACCAAUUGGAACCCCAACGACCCAGACCCUUGUUCUUGGAACGGUGUCAUCUGUGACACCCUUUCCCGCCGUGUUACUGCCUUGGAUCUCUCAUCCAACCGUAACUGCUCCUUUCUUUCCCUUUUUGCUACUCCUGCUAGUGAUGUUCAUGCUGCAUGCUUGCUAGGAGGAGGGUUCAACAAGAGUUCAUCAUCUGCUUCAAAAUUGAGGGGGAGGUUGCCCCCCAUCGUCGGUCGUCUCUCUCAACUUAGGGUUCUGUCGCUAGGGUUUAAUGGGUUUUUCGGAGAGGUGCCCCGGGAGAUUGGCCACCUGGCCCUUCUGGAGGUUCUGGACGUUGCCUCUAACGCUUUUCACGGACCCAUACCCCCUGCUCUUCGAAACUGCACCGCACUGCGGGUGGUUAAUCUUUCGGGGAAUCGGUUCAAUGGAACAAUUCCGGAGUUGCUUGCUGACUUGCCCAGUCUGCAAAUACUUUCCCUUUCGUAUAAUAUGCUCAGUGGAGUUAUUCCGGAGGAAUUGGGUCACAACUGUGGGACUCUGGAGCAUCUUUACCUCACCGGGAAUUCUCUGUCUGGUUCCAUUCCUGCCAGCUUGGGAAAUUGCAGUAUGCUCCGUUCCCUCUUCUUGUCUUCUAAUAAGUUUGAGAAUGAAAUUCCUUCUUCUUUUGGGAAACUUGGGAUGCUUGAAGCUCUGGACUUAUCCAGGAAUUUCUUGAGUGGGAUCAUACCAUCCCAAUUAGGCAACUGCACGCAGUUGAAACUGCUUGUGCUCAAGAACAACUUUGGCCCUCUAUUAUUAUGGAGAAAUGAGGAGGUGGAAGAUUACAAUUAUUUUGUUGGCCAACUGCCCAAUAGUAUAGUAAAACUUCCCAAUCUUCACGUCUUUUGGGCCCCCCAAGCAAAUCUUGAGGGCAUUUUCCCUCAGAACUGGGGGUCUUGUUCUAACCUGGAGAUGCUGAAUUUAGCCCAGAAUUACUUUACAGGACAAAUACCCACAUCCCUGGGCAAAUGUAAGAGCUUGUACUUUCUUGAUCUGAAUUCCAAUAACUUGACUGGGUUUCUUCCCAAAGAAAUUUCUGUUCCCUGCAUGGUUGUCUUCAACAUCAGUGGAAAUUCUCUGUCUGGAGAUAUUCCGAGAUUUUCUCAGAGUGAGUGUACUGAGAAGGUCGGAAAUCCAUGGAUGUCAGACAUAGAUUUGCUUGGUCUCUACUCUUCCUUCUUUUAUUGGAAUGCUGUCACCAGUAUUGCUUACUUUUCUUCACCUUCCUAUGGUCUGGUCAUGCUGCAUGAUUUUAGCAACAAUCUGUUCACUGGCUUGGUUCCUCCCUUGUUGAUCACUUCUGAUAGAUUAUCUGUUAGACCUUCAUAUGGAUUUUGGGUUGAGGGCAAUAAUCUCAAGGGAAAUACUUCAACUUUAUCAUUUGAUAGCUGCCAGAGUUUGAAUAGCCUGGUCUUCGAUAUUGCUUCCAACAAAAUUACUGGUGAACUUCCUCCAAAAUUAGGCAGUUGUAAAUAUAUGAAACUUUUAAAUGUGGCAGGAAAUGAACUAGUUGGUUCAAUUCCUCUCUCAUUUGCUAACUUGUCUUCCCUUGUUAACCUCAACCUCAGUGGAAACAGAUUGCAAGGUCCUAUACCAUCAUAUAUUGGUAAGAUGAAGAAUUUGAAGUAUCUUUCCUUGUCUGGAAACAAUUUUAGUGGUACAAUACCACUGGAGCUAUCUCAAUUGACUUCAUUGGUGGUGCUGGAACUUUCUUCAAACUCCCUCUCAGGACAGAUACCAUCUGAUUUUGCCAAGCUUGAGCAUCUUGAUAUUAUGCUAUUAGACCACAACCACCUCUCUGGGAAGAUACCAUCCAGCUUUGGUAACUUGACCUCGCUUUCAGUACUCAAUGUGUCUUUCAACAAUUUAUCUGGAUCUUUCCCUCUCAAUUCAAAUUGGGUAAAAUGUGAAAAUGUGCAAGGGAAUCCAAAUCUUCAGCCUUGUUAUGAUGAUUCAUCAUCCACUGAAUGGGAGCGGCGGCACUCUGAUGAUGUUUCCCAACAAGAAGCUUAUCCUCCCACUGGAAGCAGAAGUAGAAAGAGCGACGUGUUUAGUCCUAUAGAGAUUGCCUCCAUAACAUCUGCCUCAAUCAUUGUUUUUGUUCUUAUAGCAUUAGUUCUCCUCUAUGUGAGCAUGAAGAAAUUUGUAUGCCACACUGUGUUGGGUCAAGGAUCAGGAAAGAAAGAGGUUGUAACUUGCAACAACAUUGGUGUUCAGCUGACCUAUGAGAAUGUUGUCAGGGCCACUGGAAGUUUCAAUGUUCAAAACUGCAUUGGAAGUGGAGGUUUUGGAGCCACAUACAAAGCUGAGAUUGUUCCCGGGGUUGUGGUGGCAGUGAAGCGGCUCUCAGUUGGGAGGUUUCAAGGCGUUCAACAGUUUGCUGCUGAGAUCAGAACACUUGGAAGAGUGCAGCAUCCAAACCUUGUUACACUAAUAGGCUAUCAUGUCAGUGAGGCAGAAAUGUUCCUAAUCUACAACUACUUACCAGGAGGCAAUCUGGAAAAAUUCAUCCAGGAUCGGACAAGGAGAACUGUUGAAUGGAGCAUGCUUCACAAGAUUGCUUUGGAUAUUGCACGUGCCCUUGCUUAUUUGCAUGAUGAAUGUGUCCCAAGAGUGUUGCACCGUGAUAUCAAACCAAGCAAUAUAUUGCUGGAUAAUAACUUCAAUGCAUAUCUUUCUGAUUUUGGCCUUGCCAGACUUUUGGGUACUUCUGAAACUCAUGCCACUACUGAUGUAGCAGGAACUUUUGGUUAUGUUGCUCCAGAAUAUGCGAUGACAUGUCGUGUUUCAGAUAAGGCAGAUGUGUAUAGCUAUGGUGUUGUCCUUCUAGAAUUGAUUUCUGACAAGAAGGCUUUGGAUCCAUCCUUCUCUUCCUUUGGAAAUGGCUUCAACAUUGUAGCCUGGGCAAGUAUGCUCCUCAGGCAGGGCCAGGCAUGUGACUUUUUCACAGCUGGACUAUGGGAAUCUGGACCCCAUGAUGAUCUAAUCGAGAUACUUCACUUGGCUAUUAUGUGCACAGGUGAGUCUCUUUCCACCAGGCCUUCUAUGAAGCAAGUUGCCCAACGGCUGAAGCGGAUUCAGCCCCCAACAUGCUAGUGGAGGUUUUUAGAGGAUCACCUUUUUAUUUUACAUGCGAGAUCCUAGCAUUUGGUCUCAUAUGACCUCAAAGAGAUUCUGUACCUAUCUUCUGUAUCUCUCUACUUUGAUUGGUUGCCUACAUCAGUAUCAAUUCAGAGGAAGAGAAUAUUUUGAUUUUUUUAUGGUUUGGUGUGUCAACAGAAAUACUUUGCAUUAAAAAGAAGAUUUAAAGGGUGCUGUUAUUUUUUGCUCUCUCUAUUGAGCCCCAGUAAGUUGCAGGUAAUCACAUUUCAUACAAUUAAAGGUGCAUGACUUUUACAUCAGGAAGGAAAUGAAAUCACCCAUGGUUCAGCUACCCAUUCCUGGUGUAUUUCUGGUUUCCAGAAAACAGUAGUGUAUGGUUGUAUGUACUCAGGGUCUUCUGAUCUUUUCACCAUGAUAAUCAUAUUCAGAUUGUUCCUACUCAAAAGAGGUAUGGUCAGUAAUCUUCAAUUCUAUUAGAGGCAUCCUCUACUAUAUUUAUUUGCUUCUUGUCUAAGUUCUGAUUUUUUAUUUUAUUUAGUCCAAUUUGUUACCCUCCAAUCAUAAAUUUGCCUUACCCUUAUCAUCUGUUUCUGUCCCAUAAAUGUUGGUACAUGGACAAUGAAAUGGAUGCCUUUUUUAAAACUAACAUUUUGAGUUUAGCGAUCUACCAAUUGGGUGAAAAACUGUGGGAUAUCUUGAGGCUGGAGGAUCUUCCUGUGGCUUCAUUUAUGUGGAUGAUUUUGAGUCUGUGCUGUGGCUUGCUUAAAUUUAAUUCUUCUUGUUUAAUUAAAUGCUGCUUCAAAAAAUGAUUGCUUCAUCUGACAUUGUGAAUACCUUUUACUUGGUGACAACUCCUAGGUUUGUUGCUAAAGGGAAGCUGCAGGUUGAGGAAAGCUACCAAUGGACCAAAACAAAUGUCCACAGCCUUGGUUUAACAAGUCGUGUAGUGGUAUGCAAGAGAACCACUUUAGCUAUGUCUGUUCGAUCACAGGGGAAUGGUUUCAUCAAUCUGCCUUUUUCAGAUGGAUGAAGUUGUAGGAAGUAAUGAGGAAGGCGUUAGGGAACUUGUGGACUAGUUGAGCAAAUUAGGAUAUUUUCUUCGGUAAAAGGUAGUAUGGCCACUUGAUGAAAUUGGCAUGUUGAAUCUUGUGCUGGCUGUUUCUCUGGUGGAAUUAUAAGCUUGAUAACAUACAGAUUAGUUAAUCAGUGAUCCACAGGGGCAUGGGAGACUAGUUGGUAUAUUGAUCUAUCUUACUUAGCUUUGCUGUUGCAAUGGUGAAUCACUCUGCUCCAAUGCCCAACAGUGAUCAAAUUGUGUAAGGUACUGGUUUGCUUAGAUACAUAAUCUUUGUUUUUCUGUUCUACAAUGAAAAUAUGAUUGAAGUGUGCAUGCAUAGGGUGUCUUUUGGAAGGCAACUUUAGGCAGAAUUACUUAUAUUUAUAUUCUUGCAUUGAUAAUGUCUAUCACUUUCUUUUUCAUGUCUAUCAUAAGUGAGCAACAUAGUCUGAAUUUCUUCUAGACUCAAAUUGGUUCAUGUCUAGAAGUCACAGAAACCGCAAAGGAGUUGUAAUCAGCUCCUAAUCUCCAAGCAGGUAGAGAAUGUGGUCUUGUUCAGGACUUGAUUAUCUGAUCACCGCAGGAUUAUCUAUAACAGAUUUCACCUUGAGAAGAUACUCCAUGUUCAAGCUACCUUUCCUGAUGGUCUGAAGUUGAAGGCGAAGUUGCAUAAUUCUUGCUUUUGACACUGUCGAAAGAAUGUCUCGAGAGCAUUCCAGAUCUUGGUGGCAGAAUUGAUAGAAGAAAAUCAGGAUUUACAAAUCUCUGAGUUCUCAAGAAACCUUGGUGGACAGGGUCCUCAAGUCCAUUACCAAUCACAAUGUUGAGCAUCUGAGUGUGCCAUAGGAGAUAACUUGAGAAUCAAGUCUGAUGGUGAAUGCUUAAUUCAGAGAUGUCAUAAUUGAAGCAGCACUUGGGCUUGAACCAGUGCCAUAGUAGUGAGGACAGUAGAACAUGAGGAACCUUCAGACACCAUGGAGCCUGAGCUUCAAGGAUCAAUUGCUCUGAUAUCAAGAUAAAAUUCAGAGAUCUGAAAUUCUUUGGAAGAAUGCCAAAAUAUUUUGAGAGAAGAGCAACUCUAUGUAUGCGGAUAUACAUUAGAGAAGUUACUAAAACUAUUACAGCAACUGAAGUGGUUACAACUAAGUCUUAACUAUUAGCUUAUGUCACUUACAUGAAGUUAUGUUUACAAUUUUCAAUUUGAAGGCUGUGUUUUUAAAUGUGAUGAUUAUCUUGCUCCUUUGACACAAACAUUUCCUGAUUUAAUUUCCAAUGUCAAUGACCCCUGAAGUCUGUCUCUGCCUCAUUCAUCUCUA